AUAGUGGACGACUGUUGCAAAGUAAGAACACUCUACAGGUCAGUUUUUCCAGAUGUAGAAGUAAAACUAGACUUAUUCCAUGCAAUUCAACGAGUCAUCAAAAAGAUACCAAAGGGAUCUGAGUUUUCCAAACGAUUUUCAAAAGAAUUGGGUCUGAUAUUUCGAGCAAAUGGAGACUGCGACGAGGUCCGUCAGCUACCCACACCUGAUUGGAAAGUGGUAACUGAAAAUUUGCAUUCUCUCCGUGAACAGUGGAAAUCGUUCUUGAACAUGGAAGAAAUGAAGAAGGCACGUUUGGAACUCGACCACUUAAGCGUGCAUAUCAAAAAAGGUUGUUUAUCUGGCUUAAAACCGGGUAAAGGAACGGAAUCCAAUGAGAGGCUUCAUAACACAUUAAAUAAAUCAUUAUUAUGCGGUGCUACUACCACGGCUCCCGAAAUAACAAUUGCUAUUAUAAGUUUAUUAUUCAAUAGUAUGAACUGCAGAAAAAGCGCGAAAAAACGUAAGCAGAAUUCAAGAGUAAUUCCCUUCGUGCCACUCUUCUCGCAUUACACGUCGAGGCUUGGAAGCCACCAUACGAAGGAAAUAAUGUAUACCCAGACGAAACUGUUGAAGAAGCUGUAGUAGUCAUUGAAACCAUCGAGGACACUCUUAACGAGUCCAUCGCCAGUCUGCUUUUCAAAAACAUGUCCAAGUUGCAUUCGAUUUUAGGUAAAGUCAACAGCGAAUGCCGGGAUCGUUGUUUUAAUGCAUUUGAUAUUCCAAUAAUGCAAGUGGGUAGUAAACAAGUCUUAGUCAAUAGUUGCUAUGCUGAAGAUGACACAGAAAGAAGACACAGAGAAACACUGCAGCGAAAUCUCGACUGUUUUAGUCUCAAAAGGGAUAAAGUCGUCGGUGACGGAGAUUGUGCCUUUAGAACAAUUAUUUCUCAAGUGAGAAAGACAAACCAAUGGAGUGACCCAAAUUCAGCACUUUGUCAGCAUAUUUCGUACCUGGGACUUGGGAGAAGUACCAACGAAGAUGUAAAUCAGCUCCGUCAACUUUUUGUCAAUAAUGUUCAGAGCAACGAACAUUAUCAAAUGCUCUCUGGCAUUCCUUCUGACGAAAUGAACACGGAGACUGAAAGAUUUAGAGAACCUGGAACAUUCUGCGGUGAAGUGGGGGAUUUGAUUAUAAAAGUAUGCUCUGACCUACUUCAAGUCCCCAUAAUUGUUCUGACCAGUAUCAAUGGUUCCCCUUACGUGCCAUUCAUACCCGACGACGCACUGAUCACCAAUGCCAUCUACAUAGCAUAUACCACAUUAGGACCAGGGCACUAUGAUGGCACCCUUCCUGCUGAAAAAGAUACAGGUAACAUGGCUAAGCCCGGCAACAAGAGAGCUAGUGUGCUUGUUGCCCUGUGACGAGUGAAAAUCUGCAAAGUUUUAAACUUUGAUGCUCCCCCAGAGCCACAAAUCCCAAAAAAUAAAUAGUUUAACGGGAGGAUCAAUAAUAAAAAUUAUAAUAUUCUCGGGGGAAAGUUUCUUUUAAAUCUUAAAUAAAAGUCCCAUCAACAUAAGGAGAAUUAGUAAAAUUUCUGAGGGUUAUCCUUAAAACGCAGAAUAGUAAAAUAUAUGUCCUAUUGGUAUUUAAUUUCUCGGAUAUUCUAUCUCGCGUUUUUCACGAUUUAAGACUUACAAAUUCCUAAGGUUAAGACCCGUGAUUUGAAAUCCUAUCAAUACGCCGUCUAUCAAAAGUAAAUCCCCUGAGGGGGGUUUCUUAUUUUUCUUUUCAAAAAGGGAAACUAAAACCCGCGAAAAAUACCACAAUUUAUAAGAAUAUUUAACAAAUUCCUUGAGCCCGAAUGGGCUCAGAGUCAAUAGCCCAUGAGGCCCGAAGGCCGAAUGGACUAUUUACUCAGAGGCCAUGAAGGCGAGAGGAAUAAUUGUUUUAGUAGAGUCCAACUAGUUGGCCAAAAAUAUCGAGACAAAACAACUUUAACGAUAGUUAAAGCUAGACUUUUUUGCCUCCAAAAGCCGGCGCUUUUCGCUACCAGUGGGCUAUAACAUAUAGCCUAGUAGUAGCUCAACUAAUCAGAACGCAGCAUUGAUAGACCACUAGUUGGAUUAAUAUAGUACAUACUGUCUCGCCAAAAUCGAGAAGUUUAGUAUCUGCGAAAUUACCUAAAAGUUAGGUACUGAGUCAUUUCUUAAUGCUAAAGAGUUGAAAGAUCAACGGAUUUUUAUUGUUAUCUCCUUUCAAUAUAUUUUUUCACAGUGUCGACACUACCAGAGACAAAGAGACUUGUGUGUUCGUGUGGCAAGAAUAAUAAAGAAGAUCAGGACUCUUGUAUUUCGACCGUGGAUGGGAAGACGCGCUGUCCCGGUGUU